UGAUACUUCCUACUUUCCUAGUUCCUUUACUCCCAAAGUCGGCCUCCCCUACUUUCCAAAAAAAAAAAACUUCCCCUCUUCUUAGUUUCCAUCGCCCGUUGUUCCAGAUCGGAUUCACCGUUCGCAAGCUUCAGCCGCUGGCAGCUGUCUCUCAAGUCUCAACUCUCAAGCUUGCCCUCCUCUCUCUCUGCAACUACUAGCUUGUAUGUAUGGGUUUUGUUUUAAUUUUUUUUUUUCUUUCUAAAUCAACUAAUUAAUCAAGGCUAUAAGACUGUAAUUCUUGUUUUGCAAUUUUUAUUUUUUAUUUUUAUUUUUUUUUCAAAUUGUUCAAAAAAUGAAAACCCGUAUCUUUAAGUUUCCAGAUCCAAAUCUCCAACCCUUAUUCGCCAUACCGUCCUCUGUCUUGCCGUCCUUCGUCAUCGUCUGCUAUUAUAUCGAUUCAAGGUCUUGUGGAUUGUGGUACUACAACUUCAUCGUCAUCAUCAGCUUCUGGAGUCGUCUCAUACAACUACUCCAACUCCAAACACUAAUAAAAUUGAGAGCCCGAUUUAAAAACCCAAGAAAAUCCGAAAAUGUAACCCGAACAAAGAACUCGACUUUAGCCCAUGUUUUAAAAAUUAAGUAUGGGCUGGGCUUGGGCUCAGUAGGCGAAAUUAUACCUGAGCUUGGGUUGAAAGUUUGUUGGUUGGGUUGAGCCCGAGUUAAGUGCCCAACCAAUCUAACUCGCCCGAAUUGCAGCCCUAGCGGCGUGCACACCCAUACAAUAUUUUAGGGCAAAUCAUUUCAGACUCCCCAAUCGCCUCCAUCUCUAGGAUCGUUCUCAACUCGGCCCUCUAUCCGUCUCUGCAACUGCAAAGUACAAAAUCUACAAGAAUCAGAACCCAUAUCGGCAUAUGAGAUAUGACUUUGAAUAACGACAACGAUGAUGAUUUUGAAUCACCCACCCACAAAUUCCAGAUCCACCGCAAACCCUCAAGCGUCUCCGGCGAGGUCGCACCACCGAAUCCACAUCGGCCACCCUGAAGCGGGAGUUGUGGCGUAGUGUCGAUGAAGAGAUUGUUCAAAAUAUCAAAACCCAUAUCCUUCAACUUCAAUUGCCCGUUGUUCCAGUUCGGGUUCGCCGUUCGCAAGCUUCAGCCUCUGGUCCGCGCGCUGUCUCUCAACUCUCAAGCCCUCUCUCUGCGACUGCUAACUUCAAAAGGCAUCAUCAAAUUCAAUGACGAAAGGGGUCCAACUUGCUCUUGAAAAUGAUAAACAAAAGGAAGCAACGGCUACUAGUGUCCUAUCAAGUCGAUGGAGGUAUCUGUGGACACAUUACUCUCGUCUUGAUUUUGAUGCCCCAGAAAUGAUUAGUGAAAUAUAUUGGACAAUGGACGAGGAAGUUGUUGAGGCAGAAAUGGUGAGAUAUGUCAAAUGGGUGAAUCAGGUUGUGCAGCUGUAUAGGGGCUCAACUAUUGAAGAAUUCAGGUCUUCCAAAGGGACUGGGAAAAGACAACAACGGGAGCGUCGAUUGCAUGGCCUAUCAAUUAAGUACAUCAAAAUUUGUUAAAGCUAGGAUUGCGGGUUGCGGUUGACGUUACUUUUUUUGUUGCCACUAUAUUUUUUGUAUGGCUCGUGAAGAAGUUGCAAGAAGAUAUGAAGACUUUUUGUUUUAUUUUGGUUAAGUAAAUAUAUAAGGUGUGGAUCAUGUACUUCUUUGAAAUUUGUAUAUGGUUAAUUUUUGUAUAAAACAGUGAUUUAGAAUUGGUUAUAUAUAUGAUGUUAUUGCUCAGUUGUAAAUUA